AUGAUUGAAGACGUGAACUCUAAAGAGAAAGUCUCCAUUGAUGCUGAAACAACUACAACUAUUGAAUCAAAUACUAGGGAUGAUAAUUCAAAUGUUUUCAAAAGAUUCUUGAAUAAGAUUUCUUUACAAGAUGAUGACUUGACUUUAAGCGAAAGUUUUUUAAUCAAUAAAGAUUUACAACCAGUUUUCGAUAAAACUGAGAGACCUUGGAGAUGGUAUAAUUUUGUAUUUUUAUGGGUUGCUGAAUCUUUCAAUAUCAAUACAUGGCAAAUUAGUGCCACUGGUAUCAUUUCUGGGUUAUCGUGGUGGGAAACUUGGAUCUCUGUUUGGAUCGGUUAUUCUAUCGUUGGUGGGUUUAUUUUCAUCUCCCAAAGGGUUGGUUCCCAUUAUCAUAUCUCAUUCCCUGUCAGUUGCAGAACUUCAUUUGGGACUUUUGGCUCAAUAUGGCCUAUUGUUAACAGAGUUGUGAUGGCUUGUGUUUGGUACUCAGUUCAGGCUUACCUGGGGUCACAAGCUCUUUCUUUAUGUUUGAAAGCUAUAUUUGGUUCAGACUUGGAGACAAGAAUUCCAAACAAAAUUGCAAGUUCAGGUACAUCAUCAUUCAUGUUUUUAUGUUAUUUCCUUUUCAGUUUGAUUUCCUUACCAUUCAUCUAUUGCAAACCACAGAAGAUUCGUCAUUUGUUCACAGUCAAAGCUUAUACUUGUGCUACUGCAGGUGUUGGAUUUUUAGUAUGGACAAUUGUUAGAGCCGGUGGUAUUGGUCCAGUCAUUCAUAAAGAAACUUCAUUAUCAGGUUCUGCUCAUGCAUGGGCUUUUGUCAUCUCUACAAUGAAUUGUGUUGCAAAUUUCGCAACUUUAGUUAUUAAUUCACCAGAUUUCUCAAGAUUAGCAUAUUCACCACAAUCAUCAUCAAUUUCUCAAUUGGUUGCCAUUCCUGCUUCGUUCUCAAUCACUGCUCUUAUUGGUAUAUUGUCUUCAAGUGCUUCAACUACAAUGUUUGGUGAAACUUAUUGGUCUCCAUUAGAUCUAUUAGAUCGUUAUGUCCAAGCUGGUACUCCAGGUGACCGUGCUGGUGUGUUUUUCAUUGCAGCUGCUUUUGUUUUAGCACAAAUUGGUACGAAUAUUUCAGCAAAUUCCAUAUCAGCUGGUACUGAUGGUUCAGCUCUAUUGCCUCGUUUCAUCAAUAUUCGUCGUGGUGGAUUUGUUUGUGCAGCUAUUGCCUUCUGUAUUUGCCCAUGGAAUUUCUUCACAUCAUCUGCAAAUUUCACAACUUAUCUAAGUGCAUAUGCUGUUUUCUUAUCAUCUGUUGCUGGUGUUGUCGCUGCUGACUAUUGUGUUGUUAGACGUGGGUAUAUUAAUGUUUUCCAUUUAUAUUCAAACAACUCAGAAUAUCAUUACUCUUAUAAUAGAUUUGGUAUCAACUGGAGAGGAUUCGUUGCUUAUAUUUGUGGUAUAUUGCCAAAUGUCGUUGGGUUUGCAGGUGCCAUCGGUAGAAAAGUCCCAAUAGGUGCUACCUACGUCUACAACGUUUCAUUCUUCAGUGGUUAUAUUGUUGCAUUUGUUGUUUAUUGUGCAUUAUGCUGGGUUAGCCCAGUACCAGGUAUCCCAGAGAAGAAAUUCUUGACAAAGAGAGGUUGGUUUGAGCAAAACGUCAAUUAUGAUGUUGACAACUUUUUUGAAGAAAUGGGUAAACCUGAUGAUUUCAUAAGAACUGACACCAAGUUCUAA